AUGGCUACGGGCGCUUCGGCUAUCAAACGUUUGAGAAAUAAAAACUUUACCGAAAAAGAAAAGGAAAUGUUAAUGGAACUAAUAAUUCCUCAUAAGAACGUAAUUGAAAAUAUUAAGACUGAUUCUAUUAACAUAAAGAGGAAAACCCAGUUGUGGGAGUAUAUAACUUCUCAGUACAAUAACAAUAACUCAGAAACUGGAAAAAGAACAGUAACUCAAUUAAAAAAUGUUUACGAUAUGGCAAAGAGACGAGCCAAAAAAGAACUGAGUUCUGAUAAAGUUUCAAUGUAUAAAUGUAUGAAAGAUAUCACUGAUGAAGACCAAUUAGUAAUUGUAGAUUUAGUACAGUCAUACCGUUCAGAAAUAGUAAGCUUUAUUAUUAUAUAA